AUGGCGACCUUAGCUCGACUAUCUCGAAAAGCCCUAACUUCCACACUGUCCCAUCACCACCUCCUACGCCGCACACUCGCCACCGAAGCAGCAAAAAUCACGGAAACGCCGGAUCGAGUGAAGUGGGACUACAGGGGGCAGAGGAAGAUCAUCCCGCUGGGGCAGUGGCUCCCAAAGGUCGCCGUCGAUGCCUACGUGGCUCCCAACGUGGUCCUCGCCGGCCAGGUCACCGUCUACGAUGGAGCCUCCGUCUGGAACGGGUCGGUACUUAGGGGCGAUCUCAACAAGAUCACCAUUGGGUUCUGUUCCAAUGUCCAGGAGAAGUGUGUGAUCCAUGCCGCCUGGUCUUCACCUACAGGUUUGGGAUUUGAUUUCGUGGAUUUUGAUCGUUCUUAG